AUGUUUAGCCUAUUUGCGACCCAGUUGCUUGGUGGAAAGAUAGUGAUUCGGGUCAUGGCCUCUCUGAGAAGACUUUUACGUCGUAGCCUGGGCUGCUUUUGUGCCCUGAAUGGAAUUCUGGAUUUCAAUGCGGACAUUGGACCAGGAAAGUCGCGCAGAUCGCGCUGCCUUUUUAUAUACCGUAUAUUGCACAACUUCGCUGUAAUCAGCCUGACUUUAAAGUUUCAGCUGGAUUUCCUGGAUCACUUUAAAAACGUCGAAAUGUCCACAUUGAUGACUGUAAACUUUUUCACAUAUUUUGCAUUGGUGUUUUUUGCGGUGCUUAGCUCCAUGGCAUCGUGCUACCAAUGGCAAAAUAGAAUCCUUGCAGUUCUGAAGGAGCUGAAGCAUCAAAAGGAUCUGAGCAGGCACAGGGGCUACAGGGUACCAAGGGACAAACAGAGUUCCCUAGACCGCUUGUUGAUCGCACUCACCAUCCUUCUGAUCCUUCGUCUCAGCAUUCAUUUGGCCACGUUUGCGUUCAGCGCCAGGAUGGGAUUCAAUCAUCCCUGCAACUGCUUCCUGCCGGAGUGCAUGAUCUUCUCCAUGAACUACCUGUUCUUCGCCAUCCUAGCCGAGGUAACCCAGUGCUGGUGGUGCUUGCUUGCGGAACUAAAGAUGGUGCUCCUGGAUCGGGACUUUCCAACUGUCACCUCCAAUCUGUGCGAGAUUAAAAGGCUGCACACCAGGUUCCAGUGCCUAAUUGAUUUAACCUCAGAAGUGUGCUCCAUCUUUAGCUACUUCACCUUUGCCUACAUGGUUCGCAAUCUUUGGAGUGGCAUUGUUUCGGGAUAUCUUGUGGUACGCUUCGUUAUCGGUUAUGGAUUACAGGACCUUGAGCUUGUGUACCUGGCAUUCUCAUUCAUCAUCUGCGUCCAACCUUUGAUGUUCUCGCUCAUACUGAAUUGCAUGACCAACACAGCAGGUUCAUUGGUCGAGGUGACCAGGGAUAUUUUGAAAAUACCCCAUAAUGAAAGCGCGGAGGUGGAACGAAGUAUCGAAUGGCUGUCGCUGCAACUGACCUGGCAGCACACGCACUUCACUGUCUUUGGCAUAUUUCACAUAAAUCGCUCUUCGGCUUUCCGGUUUGCAUCACUCGUCCUGGUUCAUGUGGUCUACAUGGUGCAAUCUGACUACAUUUCGAUAACGAAGUGA